AUGAGCAUUGUUGUGGAUGCAAUGAACCACAUCUUCAAUUUCCCAGAGACCCUUGAGAAAAUAAGUUUCUCUUCUUCUUCUCGCCCACAUCAAAGCAAUGAGAACGCUACCAUUCCAGUGGAAGUGGACAUUCUUGACACUCCCAAGGAAUACAUAUUCUACGUGGAUGUUCCUGGUCUUCCUAAAUCUGAUAUCCAAGUUACAGUAGAUGAGAAUACACUAGUAAUCAAGAGUAACGGGAAGAGAAAACGCGAAGAUGGGGAAGAAGAAGGGUGCAAGUACAUAAGGCUAGAGAGGAAGACACCCCAGAAGCUACUGAGGAAAUUUCGACUUCCUGAAAAUUGUAAUGUAUCAGCCAUUACUGCUAAAUGUGAAAAUGGGGUGUUGACAGUGGUGGUGGAGAAGCUGCCACCGCCACCCAAGGCCAAAACAGUUGAGGUUAAAAUCUCUUAA